AAAUGGAAAAAGUAGCAGUCAUGCUGAGCUUAGGUCUAAUAUUAGCAAUAUUGACUCGAGAAACCUUCACCUUGGAGGGUGAUACCUUGCAAAUGGUUUUUACGGUGUUUCGCCAUGGACACAGAGCUAACGAAAUUCUUACUGCGUACCCAAAAGAUCCGCACAAAAACUUCGAUUACGCACCGUAUGGAUGGGGUCAAUUGACAAACGAAGGUAAAAUGCGAGAGUACAAUCUCGGAAAAAUGUUGCAUGCAAGAUACGGCGAAUUUUUGGGGAUGUACACACCAGAAGUUGUAGACGCACUGUCUACCAACUACAACAGAACUAAGAUGUCACUGGAACUUGUUCUAGCGGGACUGUUUCCACCUGAAAGUCCCUUAGACUGGAAUAAAGAACUGAACUGGCAACCUAUCCCUUACAAUUACUUAACCGGUACCGAUAAUCGUAUGGGAUUCCCUACGAAGUGCUCAAAGCGAUCGCAUUUAGUAGCAGACUACGAGAAUUCACCAGAAGGCCAAUUAGAUCUGCGCCCAUACAAAAAAUGGUUUAAUUAUAUCAGUAAGAAUACCGGCUUACACGUACGGGGGUUGACAGAUCUGUACAUUCUAUAUUUUGGACUCUCAGUCCAGGAAGAGUGGGGAUUGAAGCUUCCCGAAUGGGUAAAACCUGUGUACCCAGAGCUGCUCAAAGAGGGUGCCAUUGAUCUGUAUGUUUUAUGGAGUCGAACGCCGGAAAUAAAUAAACUAGGAGGGUUCAAUCUGAAAACAAUUCUAGACGCCGCCAAACAAAAAAUCGACGGUACACUCAACCCACCGGAUCGAAAAAUUAUGUUAUUUUCAGCUCAUGAGAUAAACGUGGCUGGAAUGUUGAAUUCAUUAAACGCUUUCUAUCGGCAUAUUCCUCCGUACGGCGCGUGUGUAAUUUUGGAAUUACAUAAAAUAGAUGAGCAAUACGGAUUUAAAUUAUUUUACGAGACUCACAAUGGGGAACCUCCCGCAAAGUUGAUAGUUCCCGGAUGCGAUCACUUUUGUCCAAUAGAUCAGUUUCAAGAACUACUAAAAGAAAAUAUUCCCGAAAAUUAUGAUAUCUGCCAAAACGACAUCUAUACUUCCAUCGGCUUUUUAGGUUAAAAAUAUUACUAUUUUCGUUACACGGAACACUCGCCUGAUAAUUAGUGUUUCUUUCAAUCUCAUUAAUAAAUAACAAUAUGUUAUGA